AUGGCCGUAAAUGAGGUUGUGACGUUGAUGGAAGCAAGCUUGAGUGAACAAAGAUCAGAAUCAGAGAGCGAAUCCGAUUACGGCAAAGUGGAGAUAGAGCCCUGUGCUUAUGUCAUCGCGCUGUCCGCCACAACGAAGCGCAUGGAACUCAGUCGAUUGAGGGCCUUGAUGCCUGGGGCAACAACUGAUAGUUGCUACAGUAAAUAUGAUUACCAACCUUGGAGGAUCAAUCAAAACUCUGGAAUGGUUACAUUACAAUUACAGCAAAUCUAA